AUGGAGUGGAGCACUGAGAAGCUUCGUGAAUGUUUUUUGAGGUAUUUUUCAAGUAGAUCGCACAAGGUCGUGGAGUCGAGUUCGGUGGUUCCGCAUGACGAUGACACACUGCUGUUUACGAACAGUGGGAUGGUGCAGUUCAAGAAGAACCUGCUCGGGGUGCGAGAUGACCUUAGCAGGGCAUGCAGUGUGCAAAGAUGUAUCCGGGCAGGGGGGAAGCACAAUGACCUCGACGAUGUUGGCAAAGACAACUACCACCACACGUAUUUUGAAAUGCUUGGGAAUUGGUCGUUUGGAGACUAUUUCAAGGAGAAAGCGAUUGAAUAUGCAUGGGGGUUUUUGGUUGAUGAGCUGAAGCUUGACAAGGAGAGGCUGUAUGUGACGUACUAUGACGAGCUUGACAAGGAGAGCAAGGAGAUAUGGCAUCGGUAUCUUCCGAGCUCGAGGAUCAUAGCUGCGCCGUAUGAGGACAACUUCUGGGAGAUGGGAGAGACAGGGCCAUGCGGGCCAUGCACAGAGAUACACUAUGACCGUUUUGGUGGAAGGGAUGCGUCGUUGCUGGUGAAUGCAGGGGAUCCGAGCGUGAUUGAAAUAUGGAAUAUUGUGUUUAUUGAGUACAACAGGACGAGCAGCGGGCUUGUGCCUCUUGAUAGGAAAUGCAUUGAUACAGGAAUAGGGCUGGAGCGGCUACUGAGCAUACUUAUGGGAGUAGAGUCGAACUACUUGAUUGAUAGCUUUGGGACGAUAAUUAGGGCGAUAGAGGAACGAUGCGGGCAUGUUUAUUCUGACGGGAUGGACAGCAAGGAUGUUGCGUUUAGGGUGGUUGCGGAUCACUGCCGAACAAUAGCGGUGUGUGUGCAUGACAAGGUUGACUUUGGAAGCGAGGGUGUUGGAUAUGUGCUACGAAGGAUCCUGAGGAGGGCAGUGCGGUACUCUCACGAGGUGUUGGGACUGAAGGCAGGGGAGAUUGGGAAGGUGGUGAGGAUAGCGGCUGAUGCAAUAGGAAUAGGAUUGGAGGAAAUUGAGUGUGUGGAUAAAGAGGAGAGGCUGUUUAUGAAGACUCUACGCAACGGAAUAGAGAGGUUUAAGAAGCUGGUUGAGUGUGAGGGCAAGAUAAAUGGGGAGAAUUUGUUUGUGCUGUAUGACACAUAUGGGUUUCCUGUGGAUCUGACUGAGCUGAUGGCGGCUGAGAAAGGGGUUGAGAUUGAUUAUGCAAAUUUUGAGAGUUGCAAGCAGAAGGCCAAGGAAGCAAGCAAAAAGGCAAGGGGAACGGGGAUAGAUGAGAGUAUGAUUCCUGUUGGGAUGAGUACGGAUGAUUCGUACAAGUAUGGCACUAAUGAUGUAUGUGGAAGAUGGAUGUUUGGAGUGGUAGAUGGAAAUGUUGUUUAUGAGUAUGAUAGAAUGCCUGAAGGUGUGGAAGUUGGGGUGGUAUUUGACAAAACGUGUUUUUAUGCAGAAUGUGGGGGGCAGGUGGCAGAUAUUGGAGAGAUUGUGUUUGAAGAGGAGGAUUUGAAUGAACGAAGGAACGAGAUAGGGGUUUUUAGGGUUGUUGAUGUGCAGUUGAUGAAUGGAAGUGUGGUGCAUAGAGGAACGUUGAGUGGAAGGAUGAGCUUACAUGCGAGGCUAAGAUAUGAUUGUGAGUAUAGGAAAAGAAUAAUGAGGAAUCACACGGGGACGCAUUUACUGAAUUUUUUUCUGCGCAAGGUGAUGAAGACAGAGCAGCGAGGAAGUCUUGUGGAUGCAGAGAAGCUGAGGUUUGACUUUGAAGGAAGGAGGCUGACGAAUGAGGAGCUUGAAGGUGUUGAGAACGGCAUCAAUGAGUUUAUUGGAAGCAAGGCGCCUGUUGAGGUGAUUAAUGUUUGCAGGGAUGAAGCAUUACAGAUGCCGGGGGUUGUAAGGAUGAGGAAUGAGGAGUAUCCCGAGGAAGUAAGAAUAAUAGCGAUGAACAACGGAGAGCAUCAGAUUGAAGAGAUGUGUGGAGGAACGCAUGUAUGCAAUGUAUCAGAUGUGAAGAAGUUCCGGAUUCUGAAGGAGUCUGGAGUGUCUGCCAACACCAGGAGAAUAGUUGCGGUGACUGGGGAAGCAGCAGAAGAGCUUGAUUCGGAGGCUGAGAAGUAUGUUGCAAGAUUACAAAUUGGAGAUGUUGUGAAUGUGGACAAAGCAGUGCCACUUCUACGUAAACAGAUGAUUGAGAAGCAGAACCUGGAGAACAAGAAGAGGCAAGAAGAAGUAUACAGAGUUAGGUAUAACAAGAACAAGGAGGAGAUUAUUAAGCUGGUGAAAGCAGCACAAGAGCAGGAGAAAGGUGGAGUGUGCUAUUGCUAUGAAAGUGCAGGGCUUGGGUCUGAGAAGGACAUGUGCCGAUGGGUUUCGAUGUUAUGUGAGGAAGUGAUGAGGAACGGGAUGGCGUGCUUUGUCUAUGGAGUGAGUGGUAGGGAAUGUAUUGUGGCAGUGAAUGCAACAGACAAUAUGGCGAUGAAGAGCAAGCUUGAGAAGGAAUAUAUAGGAUCGCAUCUGAGGAUUAGUAAAGGGAUGGUGCAGGGGAAUAUAUGCAGCAGGCUUGAGAUUGGAGAUGCAGAGAGGAUGCUGUGUGGAGAAUAA